GCCGCGCACGUGGACAGGUUACUAUUUCUCGCGGCACCUUUUCCCACUGUUAUGUCGCGAGCCCGAUGCUGCCAGCUGCGGCACGUUCCUCGCUGUUUUCUGAGCCCUCGCGCAGAAGAAGAGACAUUUCGUGAGCCUCCAGACUUGCUGAGAAUGAGCCCCGCAUAGCUCCGGGUAUUGUUGUCAUCUACCCCCUCCUCUUUCCCUCUUUUUCCCCCCCUGUCCCGCGCUCUCCGGGUUGAGUCAUUGUUCAUAAGUAUGGUAGAUAAAGGCCCCUUGUUGACUUCUGCCAUUAUUUUUUACCUGUCCAUUGGGGCAGCAAUUUUUCAAGUCCUGGAGGAGCCCAACUGGAAGCUGGCUGCAAAGAAGUAUAGUGUCCAGAAGGAUAAAAUACUUGAGGACUAUCCCUGUCUGUCAAAAGAUGAUUUGGACAAAAUAUUAGAGGUGGUGUCAGAAGCUGCAGGCCAAGGAGUGACUAUAACGGGCAGUAAGACAUUCAACAACUGGAACUGGCCAAAUGCUGUUAUCUUUGCAGCCACUGUUAUCACGACUAUCGGAUAUGGGAAUAUUGCCCCAAAAACCUCAGCAGGCCGUGUGUUUUGCAUCUUCUACGGGCUGUUUGGUGUGCCCUUAUGUCUCACCUGGAUCAGUGAGCUGGGCAAGUUCUUUGGUGGCAGAGCCAAACACCUGGGCCAGUAUUUAACCAAAAAAGGGUUUUCAUUGAGAAAAGCUCAGUUUACCUGCACAGCUAUUUUCCUCCUCUGGGGUGUGCUGGUCCAUUUAGUCCUCCCACCUUUUGUGUUCAUGUCUCAGGAGGGUUGGUCAUAUGUUGAAGGCUUGUACUUCUCAUUCGUCACCUUGACCACAAUUGGUUUCGGGGACUUGGUAGCAGGUGUGGAACCAAAUAAGGAAUAUCCAACUUUGUAUCGUUACUUUGUGGAAGUCUGGAUUUAUCUGGGGUUGGCCUGGCUUUCUUUGUUCUUCAACUGGAAAGUGCGGAUGGUGAUUGAAGCUCAUAAGGCACUGAAGAAACGCCGCAAGCUGCGCAAGCUGUCUCUGGAUGAGCUCCGGCACUACAAAGAGUCUCACAAAGCUUCCCUUCGGCUGACACCCACUCCUAAUGAUGUCAACAUUUUCAGCUUCUUGUCCAAGAAACAGGAAGGCUAUAAUGACUUGAUAAAGCAGAUUGGCUCCAAAAAAGAUGGCAGCACCAAAUGCAGCCCUGGUACCACCAACAAUAAACCCAAAGAGAUGGGCCGUUCCAAGAGCUGCAAUGAUGCUCCCGUGUUUAAUGGUCAUACCAUCCUUAGCUUGGACCGCUCACCACGCCAGAAGAGGCGCUAUAGUUUCAGUGACCGUGUCACUGUUGCUUUUUCAAAGUCCAAGAACUACCUCCUUGGCUCAGACAAUGGUUUGCUGCUAACAGAAGAACAUGUAGAGGGUGACCUAGAACUUGACCGGGACCAAAUGUAUGAGAACCAACUUGACAAGGACAUUGACCUUGAGAAUGGAGGCGUGGGAGAGUGUGGAGCAGGUGGUCGAAGGACGUGGGACUUUAAAGAGUAUCAUCCUCUAACAAUCCAGAAUGCAAACAUUACUUUUAUUGACGAGGAAAACUUUCUCAGCAAUAACUUGGAGGAGUUGGAGGAGGACAAUGACGAUGAUGAUGAUGAUGAUUCUAAAGCAAAACUAUCCAUUACUACUUGUGAUGAAAACAUUGAAAUAGACUCCAAGGAGGAGCAGAGUUCUGAAUCUGAAGGAUCUGUUUUCACUAGUGAUGAUUCAGAGCACUGCCAAUCCUAUGAAAAACUUGUGGAGGAAUAUGCAAAAGAAGACAAUACAGAAUCUUGAGAUGUUAGAGUUGACCUUUGUUGAGUUAAUACAUCUCCCUGGUCUCCUGUUGUCGUCUAAGCGUUGAAGUAUAUGCAUUCUAAUGUGAACCAUUUUAAAGGAUAUCAAAAGUCCCAUUGCACUUUCACAAUUUAAUGAGACUGCAAAACAAAAAUCAAUUUUCAAAUCAGUGUUCUGUUAAUAAUCCCCAUCAUUUUGACUUCUAAGAAUCGAGUUUCUUGUGAAGUCUUGAACAAAUGGUUUCCUUCAUCUUGGUGAAUGUGGACUACAGAGCAUGGCAUGUCAACCCAAGAGUUCUGAUUUCAUGUCUGCUCUAUUAAUGUCUCACUUUUUAUAAACAGUUUGGAAAACUAUAUUCCAUGUAGUUUAUUGUAAUGUUUAUACAAAACUGCUGUCCAUGAGUCUUUUUUCCUACUCAUAGACUAAUAAGAAAUUCUGUGUGGAAAUUAGUUGGAUUUCCUGUAGUUUCAUGUAUUUAUGUUCACCAUAUUGGUGUUUUUAUAAUAUUUAUUAAAAUGAAGGGCAUGGUCGCUGUUUUUCAGUGCUACAUGGGUCUAUAUGUCUUCCAUUGCACAAUUCCACCAAAUGAGGAUGGAUCAAAGUCCAUUCGGAUGCAGACUGCCUUUUAAAACCUGAGCCAAGCAUGUGUCUUAAGAAAUGAAGGGGGUUAAGGGCUUUCUCAUUUUUCCUAUUUCUAUUUGUGUGCUUUCAUUUUCAUUUGUGUCCUUGAUGAUUUGUUGUGUCUGAGAUUGCCUUUUAUUUUGACUGUAAGCAACACAGUGGUGACUUCCAUCGUGAAUAGAACCAAUGGAGAGCGAGCAGAGUUAUGACACUUUGGACUGAGUUGGGGUUUUUGGGGUUUGUUUUGUACACACCUUUCCUGGGUUUCUUUUUGACUGCUCUAUGUAUUGGUACUUACAGUAGGCGCCUCUCAGAAUACACUCAAACUGGUUUUAUGACCACAUUUCUUCUAGUUGUGUUUUGCUGCUGGCUGCUCCAGUAGUCAGAUCUGUGACUUCAACCCCUUCCAGCGUCUGAAUGAUGGGAACAGACUUUACACAGCAACAACGUUCUUCCUUUCUGUCUCUUUAGCACCCUUUCACUUGAUAGUAUUUGCCGUGUAAAUAUUGGCUGAGAGCCCAUCAGUAGCCACAAACACAGCUCUGCUCAGGACAUGGCCUUCCUACUCUUGUUUGUCUUGUGGGGGCUUGCACCAGGCUUGAAUGACUCAAGUACCGCUUAUGACAAGCAGCCAAGGUUAACUGGUAGCAAAUCAAUUCUCUCUUGACGUAUGUUUCGGUCAUGAGACCCAGUCAGCAGUAUUGUGUAGUUUCCCUUUUUGCAUCAUGUCCAACCAGAACCUCAUUGUCCAGUGCUUUUCAAUCCCACUUUUCAAAGGGCCUUCAAUUGCAUUGCUAACCCACUGCCUUUUGCACAUGUUCACUUGCACACAAAAACUUGAAGCCAUGUUACUGUGAGUAGUAAAAUGAAAGUGAUGCAGCGUCACAAAGGGCUACUUGGAAUUUAAAACCAGUCUUUCUGAUAAAGCCAAAUUCCUUAACGGUUGGUUGUAAAUAGUCCGAUACUUGAAGGGUUGUUGGUGAGCAGACAAAUCUUAUAACUGUGUUCCUUUUUCUGCCUUACAGAUGACAGCUAUUAAGUAAUAAUCUUAAGAAGACAAAGACAAUGCAGUGUAACAUCUAUUGUGACUCUGAAAAGCUGUAAUUAUUCAGACUGGCUGAUAUUUUUUCUUCUCUUUUCCUCUGAUUUCCUGUCCUUUUCUUGUCAUCACAGGGCCACCACUUUCAUGUCUGUUAACAAUCCUCUCUCAUUGUCACUGGUUUUCCUUGAUGUAUUGGUGCAGCAUUGUUAUGCAGCCAUGGUACUUGACUGAAUUUCAAGCACGUCUCUCGAUGAUUAACUAAGAACAGGUUAGACAAGUUUAAGCCACAGUCUGAAGCUUUCUAUUGGUGUUGCUCCAUUGUGUGGAAAAAACAAAAAACAAAACUCCAGCAUGGUUCUCUGUAUAGUUUUAGUUGUCUUUUUUAUGAAUAAAUUAUUCAUGUUUGUAAAGGUUUGUUUAUGAAUUCCAAACAAAACUGUAUAUUUCAUGUAAAGUAAACAUUUAAUAAAACAUUGUUUCUUGUGA